GGCGCGGCCAGGCCACUUCGUGCAAUGUUACGCGUUAAGGUACCCCCGUGCGUCGUUGGCAGUGCCCGGUUUCGAAGCUCAUCGUCGUCGUCGUUCCCGUUCCUGUGCUCGUGCCCGUGCUCGACGUGACGGUGUGAUCGUCACGUUGCGGAACAGUUCGGUGCGUGAGAGUAACACACACACACACGCACACACAUUAUGGCUCAUGGCGUGAGCGAGGUGCUUGGUGAGGGAAGCUCGGUGAAAAUGGUGCAUCCGAAACAACAGCAACAGCAAACGGUGCAUCAACAUCAACAGCAACAAGGGAGCACUGCGAGAAAAUCCGUGGGUGUGAUGGGUAGCAGACGCAUAUUCGCGCCGGCCUUCAAGCUCAAGGUUCUCGAUUCGUACAGAAACGACAUCGAUUGCCGUGGUAAUCAGCGAGCGACAGCGAGGAAGUACGGUAUUCAUCGGCGUCAGAUACAAAAGUGGUUACAGUGCGAGGAUAAUUUGAGAAACAGUUGUGCGGAGACUGGUAGUAACGUAGUGGUUUCGACGACGGUGAUCUCUGCUCCGGGUGGUGGUGUUUCCAAGUCGGACGGUACCGUGACGGAAGCCACGGGGCCCGCCGUGACUCCAGCAGCGCCGGCCUUGAACCUCAGCCUCGCCAGACUGCACGGCGACGAGCUGGCUACACAGCAAGGGCCCCCACCUCUUCUUCCUCAUCCUCCUCACGGUGGUUCACCCUCUUCGCCCCAAUAUGCUUCAAAAUCCGGUACAACGCCGCCUGUUUUGCCUAUUUUACCCGUUCGACUCGGUUACCAAGAGUAUUCCGUCAAUCCAGAACAGCAGCAGCAGCAGCAUCAUGUACGUAGAGAAGCAGAGGAUCGAGUACAGGUAACGGCUGACGUUCACAGUUACUCCGAGUCGCGCGUCGACCAGGACUCCAAUAAUUACUACGUUUUAAAUUCGAACGAGCAGCGGGACGUGGAGAAUUGUGCGUCGUUCGACGCGAGAAACGAGGCGAAGGUGUACCAAACGUUAACGGCGUAUCAUAGAGUACCUGCACGUCCGGAGAAUUAUCGAUAUUGCAACAACGAGAACGAAAUGAUGUCGUUACAUCGACAUCGUUCACCGGCCAGUAGCAGCAGUCAUCAUCGAUCUCAGCAGAAUUACGGGGACGUGGAUUCCUCGAUGGACGGGAAACCGUCGUAUGGAAUGCUGCUAGCGCCGUCGAUGAUAAAGACGGAACGAGCGAGCCCAGACUCGGCGGCGACGCCAGGGCCGUGCGAGUCGGCGAGUUCACCCGGCGUCACGAGGCUCCCGCUCUCGCCAGUCUCGCAUCCAACCAACGGUGGUUCCAGCUCUAGUAGCCCCAGCUCCAUCGCGUCCGUUCACUUCGAUUCCCCGCGGGCCUCCGCGAGCCCGUGCCUGCACGUGCACGCACACGCACACGCGUCACCGACGCCAGAUUCCGAGAAACCGAUCCCCCAUCGGCCGCAGAGAGAGUCGAAGGAAACGGCCACGGCCCAUAUCGGAGAGAAGGGAACGACGGAGGACACUACGGAGGAGGUAGAGAUUGCUAGGGCGGUGGUCAAGGAAGAAAUUCACCUGGAGCAGGACGAGAAUGGCGAGGAAGGAAGGGAAGCGUCGUCGGUUGCAUCCUCGUACGUCGAUUAUCAACGACCACAGGCUGCUACUACCGCCUCGACGCUCGACGAUUCUCGUCCCGUAAGCCCUGUACACGAUCACGAAGGAUACUCUUUACCGUCCAGCCCACGAGGACCAACCAGCUCUGGUAGAUCCACCACCAGCUGUUCCGACAGCGAGAUGGAUCCCCUGGACUGCUCCGCCGGUAGCCAGAAUUCCUCCAACGAACUCGCCCGUCGACGAUCCUUCUCUCUGAGAUUCAAAUUGGAUGUUCUAGACGCGUUUCAUCGAGACAUCGGCGUGGCGGGGAAUCAACGCGCCACCGCUAGGAAAUUCGGUAUAAAUCGCCGGCAAGUGCAGAAAUGGCUAGGUCAAGAGACGGAACUGAGGGGCGAGAUCGCUCUUCGUGGAAACUCGAGGCAACGGCUCGGGCCCAUCCAGGAUGCCGCUUCCGGUGACUCACCGGUAGAUCUGAGGACGUCGAACUACGUUAGCGGCUUAUCGCAAGAUCGAAUCGAAGCUGAGUACGAUCGCUCGCCUCCGCCUCUUUACUGUUGCGACGUCGGUUCCUCCUCCUCCUCCUCCUCGCAGCAUCUUCCAUACUACCAGCAUCCAGCCGUGGUAGACGCAUCCUCCGAGGGCGAGCCACUGGUUUCUUGCAAUCUUUCCUGCUGCAUGGACAGCCACGCCGUGACACCGGCCGCCUCCUGCUACCAGGAGGCCUCCUUAAGAGGAUCGUGCUACUCGGAUUCGCAGACCAGGCUGUACUGUUAUUCCCCGCGAGAGUAUUCUUCGGAAAUUACCUCGAUUCAAGAACAAUCCGAGGAACUGUCCUCGCCGUUCAAGAGGCAGCACUGUACUUUGUCCUGCUGCUACGAAACUGUCCCGUCGCCGAAGAGACUCUGUCUAGAAGCCGAUGAUUCGAUCAUGACGAAUUCCUGCCAAGAAGUGCCUCCUCAGGAAACGCCGCUUUGUCUGGUGAAGCCAAAGAGGCCCGUGGACGCGUCUCCGUCCAGAACGGAGCCGGUGACGAGCACCGUGCCGACACCACCGGCGUCGAACCCACCUCUGCCCCCGGGACCAACCUCGAAGAAGGACGCCAUCCUGUUCAAACCGUACUUGGACAAUCCUGUGAGCAAACCCUCGAAGGAGCACACGAUCCAGAGGGGUUUGUCACCUGUUAGCAGCCAGAACGUCGUGAACAACAACAACAACUGCCAAAGUAUCUGCAAUCUGAACGAAGGCAGAGGCCACGACUACGCUCUCGAGCUUAGCUUAAGACUGCCGGUAUCCUGGAGGACUCAUCCGAGUCCUUACACCGAGUUCCCGCAGGUCAGGAGCGCGUUCGUUAGGUAUCCAGCGAGUCCUCAUUACAGUUAA